AACACACGCGCGAGUCUUUAAGAUAGAGAAGGUGCAUUACUUCCCGCGUUUUCCUUCUUCAUUGCUUUCAUUUUCUUAAGCGUGCAAGUCAUUGACAAAACUCAACAUACCCACAUUUUAUUGGUAAAUAACUCUGCUAAUUAUCUUCAAGAUCUUCUGUUCCCUACCUUUAACAUCACUCAAAUUUCUUUCCUUUCUCUUCUUACUUCCCACUUCUUAAAAAGGGUGACUCCAUCAGUUAUUAGCUCAAGCUAUUGUCAUAAUCACUGUCUGGAACUUGUUAUCUUCUUCAAUAGCUUUCAAAGAUCAUUUCAACUGAAGAAAUGGGGGGAUAUAUGAGCAAGAAGACCCCUCAAACAUCAUCUGGCAUUAACCUCAAUACUGAUAUGGCAACUGAAUUGAGGUCGUAUGAGGCUGCCUGUAAGCUUGACUCUGAUUUGCAAUCCUUUGACAGCACUCUUCAAACUCGAACGAAUCAAGUAAUCAAUACUCUUGCAGUGGGUGUUGAAGUUCGGUCCCUUUCAUUUGAAUCUCUCAAACAAGUCACAGAAUGCCUUCUUGAGAUGAAUCAGGAAGUUGUCAAGGUAAUCUUAGACUGUAAGAAAGAUAUAUGGAAGAACCAAGAACUGUUUGAGCUUGUUGAGGAGUACUUUGAUACUAGCCUGCAGACUCUAGAUUUCUGUACUGCAUUAGAGAAGUGCCUAAAGCAAGCCCGGGAUAGCCAAUUGCUUAUUCUUGUGGCGCUUCAACAGUUUGAAGAGGAAACUGGGUUGGGAGAGAAACGCUAUGGUAGGACAUUGCAGGAACUGAAGAAUUUUAAGGCAGCUGGUGACCCCUUCACUGAAGAAUUCUUCCAAACCUAUCAAUCUGUUUACAAUCAGCAGAUACUCAUGCUUGAGAAGUUGCGAGUCAGACAAAAUAAGCUUGAUAAGAAAGUAAAACAGAUCCAUACCUGGAGGAAGGUCUCAAGUAUGAUAUUUGUAGCUACAGUUGCGGCUGUCUUGAUCUGCUCAGUUGUAGCAGCAGCCAUUGCUUCUCCACAUGUUGCAGCUGCACUAGCUGCUGUUACUGCAAUCCCAAUUGGCUCAAUGGGAAAGUGGAUUGACUCCCUGCUAAAGAACUAUGAAAAUGCCAUGAAAGGACAUAAGGAAGUAACUAUCUCUAUGCAAGUUGGCACCUAUGUUGCUAUAAAGGACUUGGAAAACAUCCGGGUUCUCAUUGAGCGGCUGGAAGUCGAGAUUGAGUCUCUAUUGAAGAAUGUGGAUUUUGCUGUUGAGGAAGAAGCUGUGAAGGUUGCAAUAGAGGAUAUCAAGAAGAAGUUGGGAGUUUUUAUGAAGAAUAUUGAAGAUUUAGGAGUCCAAGCUGAUACAUGUAGCCGUGAUAUUAUAAGGGCAAGGACAGUGGUUCUACAGAAGAUCAUAAAGCUUCCCCACAACACAUGAUGUGAUGUUCUUCUGCCUUGUCAACCAGUAUUCCAGUAAUUGUUGCUUGUUGGAGAAUUCAUUUGUUCCUGUUUCAUAUCUGAUUUUCAGCUGUCAUUGAUUCAUGCAAACUUGGGUUUAUAUUGUAAAUAAUGGGAAAGUACUGACUUAUAGUCAUUUGGUAUGUUUAGGAAGCUAAAACUUAUUAUUCUUUUGAGACAAAAAAAGUACCGAAUGUAUUUUUAUUUUGUAAGAUAUUUGUGUUUAUCAUAUUGUCUGUUGGUAGGAUUAUUAUCUGUCUUAAUAUAGCCUAGCAUGAUGAUUGAUUGCUU